AUGGCGUCCUGGAUCCAACGCCAGGGUGGAUCUCAUCAGACACAACUUGCAGCUACAGCCGUGAUUUCGGGAGCUGCGGUCGCAGGUGCAAUCUUUGGCUACCAGGCAUUUAGACGGAAGGAAGCAGUACAGCGCCUCAAGGCGUCCAUACCGGAUGUUAACAACCAACACCAUGCGGAGAAGCUCACAGAAUACGGUGUCGCGGCUGCAGCGCAGCUGAGCAAGGAAGAUGAAAGGAGUGCGCUUCUUGCUCGGAGGGCGCAGGAAGGAGACUAUGAUGAUGAGCUCAUCCUCGAACAACUCGCCAGAAACCGUGUCUUUCUAUCUGAUGAGGGCCUCGCGAGACUCCGCUCGUCAUACAUAAUCGUGGUCGGAUGCGGAGGAGUCGGAUCGCAUGCCGUUGCAUCCCUUGCCCGCUCGGGUGUUUCCAAGAUCCGCUUGAUCGAUUUUGAUCAGGUUACGCUUUCCUCAUUGAACCGACACGCUCUUGCGACGCUGGCCGACGUCGGAACGCCGAAGGUACAUUGCAUUCGCAAGAGACUGGAGCAGAUCACAUCAUGGGUGAAAUUCGACUGCCGGAACGAACUAUUCGGGGGAUCCGUCGCCGACAAUCUUCUUGCGCCCUGGACCUGGGACGAUCAUGAUAAAGGACGCAAGCCCGACUAUGUGCUCGACUGCAUCGACAACAUUACAUCCAAGGUGGAGCUUCUUCACUACUGUCAUUCACACUCAAUUCCCGUGAUUUCGGCAAUGGGAGCAGGAUGCAAGUCAGAUCCAACGCGCGUUACGGUCGGUGAUAUCUCACUCAGCACGGAUGACCCGUUGUCGCGGAGCACUCGUCGGCGCCUGAAGUUGUUGGGAGUGAAUACAGGCAUUCCUGUUGUUUUCUCUACUGAGAAGCCCGGCCCUGGAAAAGCUACUCUUCUCCCAUUGAACGAAGCAGAAUUUAGUAAGGGUGAGGUUGGUGAGCUUAGUGUGUUGCCCGAUUUCCGGGCGCGAAUCCUCCCUGUGUUGGGAACAAUGCCUGCAGUGUUUGGCUACACCGUGGCGAAUCACGUCAUCUGCGAUAUCUCCGGCUAUCCGAUGGACUACAGCGUGGGUGGAAAGGGUCGUGACAAGUUGUACGAUGGAGUCUUGGCAGCCUUGCAGGGAACGCUCGAGCGCUUGGCCCGGGCGGAGUAUGGACCUAGCCUUGUCGGGCUUCGCCUUCCUAUCAGCAAGGAUGAUGUUGGAUAUUUGGUCGAUGAGAUCUUCCGCGGCAAGAGUGUGGUCAGUGGCCUGCCCAGUCGAAUCAGUCUCGUUCCCUGGAAGCGCCCUGACAGAGGAUUCGGACCUGAUCCGGAGUGGAUGAAGCAGGGACAGACAUUUGUUCUGCUUGAGUUGAAGGAUUUAGUGUGUAUGACCAAAGAUGAAGCUACGCGCCAUGAAAAGGAAGUGCUUCUGGGUGGCAAGAAGCUGGAGGAGGUAUACGAUGUCAAGACGAUUGAAACGGUGCAGAAGCGCCAACAGGAGAUGGACCUGGAAUACUCCUCCGACACCUCUGAUGAUGGCCGCUUCUCUCCCCACCCCACGGGUCGCAUUAAGCGCUACACAAGGCCCUUAAUCGAUUACGUGCGCAACGAAUGGCAAACUAACGCCAAAUACUCCCAUCUCGCCAACCCCGACCAGCCCUCUGAACCCUCCAGAUUCGUCCAACUCUUCCUGUCUAUUGUCACUGCGCCGCGCUUCCGUCGCUAUGUCGUGGUGUACUUGACCCUUGUGAUAACGUGUCUGCUGGGAUGGCUGUAUAUCCUCUCUCCGCGGCUAGCGGAGCAUGCGUCGUUGUUGCGGGCGCUAGAUCCAGAGGUGAAGGAGGAAGUCGGUGGAUGGUUUGGAACGAACGCUUUCCCCGGGUUUGAUGAUGUUGUGCAGGUGGGAAAGCUGGAUAAGGAGCUUUUGCCUGAGGGGGAUGAACGGCUGAUUGUCGUGGGUGAUGUGCAGGGAUGUAUGGCUGAGUUGGACCGCCUUCUUGAAGAACUCCUCUUCGAUCCGACCAACGACCACCUCAUCUUUACUGGAAACAUGAUUAGCCAGGGCCCCAACAGCACUGACGUCGUCGAUUUUGCCCGAAAGUACUCCGCAUCGUGUGUGCGUGGAAACAACGAAGACCGCGUCCUUGUUAUGCGCCACAACAUGAUCGAAGCCCAGACGUUGACUGAUACCUCUUCCGAUCAAUACCUCGAUGGUCAGUCAACAGAGCAGGCCAAAAAUGAACGUAAUCUUGCGCGUGCCCUGUCAGACGAACAAUCAGAGUGGCUAGACGCCUGCCCAGUUAUCCUCAAUGUGGGACAGAUUCCUACCAUGGGACAGGUCGCGGUCGUGCAUGGCGGACUGAUUCCGGGCGUGGAUCUGAAUCAUCAGGAUCCGUACAGCGUGAUGAAUAUGUUAACCCUUGAUUUGGACACCCAUAUGCCUAGUCCAGAGCGGGACGGUAUGAUGUGGACUAAGUUUUUUAACAAACACCAAUCUGUCAGCUAUUCAAGCUCUAAGAGCUCGAACAAUGAUGACGACGAAGACGCAGGCGCCGUCAAAGCCACCACUGUCAUCUACGGCCACGACUCCGAAACAGGCCUCAACAUCAAUACCUAUACCAAGGGAAUAGAUACCGGCUGUGUCGCCGGCGGAAAACUCACCGCUUUCGUGAUCAGCGCCUCUGGAGAGCAGAAUAUCAUCCAGGUCAGGUGUAACAACUACCUACCGUGA